AUGAAUAAAUCUCUAAGCUUUCAACUCUCCAUGCAUAUGCAUCAGGCGGUGGAGAUCGGGAAGGAGCUAGCAAGAAAGCAAUUUAUUCAUCACGUUUUUGGCGAAAAUGAAUUCGAAGAUGGGAACCACUUUUACAGGCUCCUUGAACACGAGGCAUUCAUACCAAAGUGCUACAACUUUCGAGGUGUAGUCAAUGAUUGUGAGCCUAAGGCGGCAGCCUGUGUGAGUCAGAAGCUGGGUUGCUUAAUGUCAGCAAUAGUCGAGACUUACGCAUUUGAUGGUGGAAGGAAUCUAGAUUUCGUUGGAAUUAGCAAGAGUGAAGAGUUUCGUAGAUAUUUAAAUUUAGUUGAGGAUCUGCAACGAGUGGACCUCCUAACCCUUUCACAUCAACAAAAGUUGGCCUUCUUCUUAAACCUGCACAAUGCAAUGGCCAUGCACACUGCUGUGAUAAGUCGUAGAAUGGGUUCAGAAUUCAUGUACGUUGUCGGGGGCCAACCCUACUCAUUAAGCUCUAUAAAAAAUGGGAUUCUCAGAAACAACCGAAGACCGCCAUACUCGCUCACAAAGCCAUUUGGCAAUGCUGACAAGCGCCUGCAGCUGGCUUUUCCCAAACUCAACCAACUCAUUCAUUUCGGGACAUGGAAUGCAACUAGAGGUAGCCCGUUACUAAGAUUUUUUACUCCUCAAACUGUUGAAUCUGAGUUGAGAAAUGCCGCAAGGGAGUUUUUCCUAAGGGAUGAUGGGAUGCAAGUGUACCUUGCCAACAGGACCGUCUACCUCUCCCGGAUUAUUAAG